AUGGCUAAGAAACAAGUACAAGAGAGAACCGUCGAGGAGAUUGAGCAGGAUUUACAAUUAGGCUCCAGCAGUGGGAGCGAAGACGAGAGUGGAUCUGAGGAAGGAGAAGAAUUAUCCGAGGAAGAAGAGUCAGACGCAGAAGAACAGAGUGAAGAUGAUGAAGCCGAAAUCAAAGGCUUAGAAGAAUCCAAGUCUGUGCAUUCAGUUAACAAGACGUUGGUUCAUAAUGACAAAUCCAAGGGUUCAUCCAAAACAAAGACCAAACGAGGUAUCAUAUAUAUUGGAAGGUUACCCAAAGGAUUUGAAGAGAAGGAAUUGAAUAAAUAUUUUAGUCAAUUUGGAACCAUAAUCAACUUAAAGGUCUCAAGAAACAAGAGAACCGGGAAAUCAAAACACUAUGGGUUUAUUGAAUUUGGUGAUAUCGAAGUAGCCAAGACUGCUGCUGAAACCAUGGAUAAUUACUUAUUAUUUGGUCAUUUACUUAAAUGUCAAGUCGUAGACCCUGCUGCUGCCAACAACAAAGAUUACUUUGAGAACUCCCACAAGAGAUUCAAAGUUGUUCCUUGGAAGAAGAUUUCCAAACACAAUCACGACAAACCCAAGUCCAAGGAACAAUGGUCUACUCUAGUAAAGAAGUUUGAACAGUCAAAGAAGUCAAAGGGUGCACAAUUGAGCGAAAAGGGAAUUAACUACGACUUAUCCUCCUUAUAA